CCGGGGGCAGGGGCAGUCGGGCUGAGAGAGCGACAGGGCUCGGGCAGGGUCUUUGAGGGGCUCCGCAUGGAUCCGUUGCUGUCGCUGGGUGCUGGGCUCCUGCUGCUCGCGCUGUGGGCGCGGCUCAAGGGGCUGGACUACCUGCUGGUCCAUCACCGCUGGGUCUUCGUCUGUCUCUUCCUGCUGCCCCUCUCGGUCCUCUUCGACAUCUACUACCAGCUGCGCGCCUGGGCCGUGUGGAAGCUGCACAGCGCCCCCCGGCAGCACAGCCAGCGCGUCCGCCACAUCCAGGCACAGGUGCAGGAAUGGAAGAAUGAAGGUGGGAAAACAUACAUGUGUACUGGCCGACCUGGCUGGCUAACAGUAUCACUUCGUGUUGGAAAGUACAAGAAGACUCAUAAAAAUAUAGUGAUCAAUUUAAUGGACAUUCUAGAAGUAGACAUUGAAAAUCAGUCUGUCCGUGUGGAACCAUUGGUCACCAUGGGGCAGUUGACAGCACACUUGAAUCCUAUGGGCUGGACUCUUCCAGUGGUACCAGAACUUGAUGACCUCACAGUAGGUGGUCUGAUCAUGGGAACUGGCAUCGAGUCUUCAUCUCAUAUCUAUGGACUAUUUCAACAUACCUGUUUAGCUUAUGAGCUUGUUCUUGCUGAUGGAAGCCUUGUGAGAUGUACACCAACUGAAAAUUCAGACCUAUUUUAUGCAGUGCCUUGGUCUUGUGGUACUCUGGGAUUCCUGGUUGCUGCAGAAAUAAAAAUAAUUCCUGCUAAGAAAUAUGUAAAACUACAUUACAAACCUGUCAGAGGUUUGGAAAAAAUCUGUGAGAAGUUUACUGAGGAAUCUAAAAAGAAAGAGAAUAACUUUGUGGAAGGAUUGGUGUACUCCUUGGAAGAAGCAGUUAUUAUGACCGGAGUUCUGACUGAUGAAGCUGAAGACAACCAGAUAAAUAGAAUUGGUAACUACUACAAACCAUGGUUUUUUAAGCACGUGGAGAAGUAUCUGAGAGCUAAUCAAACUGGAAUAGAGUACAUUCCCUCACGACAUUACUACCACCGACAUACCCGAAGUAUCUUCUGGGAACUCCAAGACAUCAUACCCUUUGGCAAUAACCCUGUUUUCCGUUACCUUUUUGGCUGGAUGGUUCCUCCGAAAAUCUCACUAUUAAAACUGACACAAGGAGAAGCUAUUCGAAAGCUGUAUGAACAACAUCAUGUUGUACAAGACAUGUUGGUCCCAAUGAAAAGCCUUGAAAAAUCUAUCAAUACCUUCAACAGUGACCUGAAUGUUUACCCACUGUGGUUAUGUCCUUUCAUAUUACCAAAUAACCCUGGCAUGGUCCACCCAAAAGGAAAUGAACUGGAACUCUAUGUAGAUAUAGGAGCUUAUGGAGAGCCUAAAACAAAACAGUUUGAAGCCAGAGCAUCUAUGAGACAAAUGGAAAAGUUUGUAAGAAGUAUGCAUGGUUUCCAGAUGUUGUAUGCAGAUUGCUAUAUGAACCGUGAGGAAUUCUGGGAUAUGUUUGAUGGAUCACUGUACCACAAGCUGAGGGAGCAAAUGAAUUGCAAAGAUGCUUUUCCAGAGGUGUAUGAUAAAAUCUGUAAAGCAGCACGGCACUGAAUCUGGAUAAAUUAAGCAAGUAAUCAGGGAAGGAUGGAUUUACCUGUAGUCGUCAGUAUAUCCUUAUAAAAGCUUUAUCACUGUCCAAAUAAGCUCAUGUUGAUGUUUAAAAGUACAGAUUUCUAUUUUAUACACUCA